UCGCGACUUGCAAGCGCGCACACACACAUCAGGCUAAGUUUUCAGUUGAAGUAGGUCGAGAGUAUGGCGGACGCGAUGAAGGUUGGUCCAUGGGGUCCGCAGGGUGGACAACCUCAAGACAUCAAUAAAGCAAGCAAGCCCCAAUCCCUGGUGAGCAUCACCAUCUGUAGCUCCGAGUCCGAGGAUGGCCGUAUCUUUGGCUUCUCCUUCGUCUACAAGGACCAGAAUAGGAAGCCCCUCCCUAUCGGCCCCUGGGGCAAGAUUGACCCGGAACACAACAUCAGUAAAAUCAACAUGGAUCCCGACGAGUACCUCGUCCAGGUGUUUGGUACCACCGACGGCACCGGCAUCACCUCGCUCAAGCUGGUCACCAACAAGCAGCCGUACGGGCCGUAUGGCUACCCGGCAGGGGCCACCUUCGUGGUGACGUUGCAGCCGAACAAUGGCGAGGUGGUUGCCUUCUUCGGCUGCUCCGGCAACACCCUCGCGGCGCUCGGCGUCUACGUGCUGGGGAAGAAUGGUUUACCGGUCAAGAUCGGUCCGUGGGGAGGAUCCGGCCAACCCGUGGACAUCACCACGCCAGUCAAGCUUAAGCAGGUCAGCGUCUACAGCACCCAGAAAAUAGGAGAGCGCAUCAAAGGCUUCUCCUUCGUCUACGUCGACCAGCAUGUCAAGCCCACAUCUGCCGGCCCCUGGGGCACGGUCAAAGGACAUGAGAAUCUGCCGUUUUCCAUGAGCCCAGGCGAGUAUGUGAACAAUUUCUCUGGCACUUUCGACGACUACGGCGUGACCUCGCUCAAGUUCACCACCAACCAGCAGAAUGUGCACGGCCCGUACGGGUACCCCUCGGGGACUGCCUUUAGCGUGCCGCUGCCGAACGACCGCGAUGACAACGGCGCCAUGGUCGGCUUCUUCGGCCACUCUGGGGAGAGCCUCAUGGCCCUCGGCAUCUACGUCGGGCUCGUGUCCAACGAACCAUGAAUCAAUCAUUUAUAUAAAUAUAUCUA